AUUGGUUUACUCUGACUGUGUUCAGUGGGAGUUCCGUGUUCCCUGUUUUGUGCAUAGAGACCUGACUUUGCAAUGGGGAAGCUACUAAUACUUGCAGUUUUCGCGGUUCUGCUCUCAGUGGUCGCGUACACACUUUUAGACGUGUGCGAUAAAAUGGGUGUAUUCAGGAAAUUGGAUCCAGUCAAGCCUGGCAAAUGCAAUCUAAUCAAAGGAAUUGAAUAUGGUUCUGAAGACAUCAGCAUCCUCCCUGGAGGCCUGGCCCUUGUUAGUUCAGGCCUGAAGUAUCCAUUAAUGCCUAAUUUUGCUGGUGAUCAACCAGGCCAGAUUCUUCUUGUGGAUCUCAAUCAACCAGUCCUGAAAGCUGUUCAACUGAGGAUCAGUCGUGGGUUUGAUGUGGAAUCCUUUAAUCCACAUGGGUUGAGUACAUAUAUAGAUGAGGAUGAUACUGUAUAUGUUUUUGUUGUGAACCAUCCACAGAAAAGGACCACAGUGGAGAUUUUUGAGUUUGAAGAGGAACAAAAUAGUUUGCUUCAUUUAAAGACCAUCCAACAUGAACUUUUACACAGUGUGAAUGAUAUUGUUGCACUAGGCUCUGACCGAUUCUAUGCCACCAACGACCAUUAUUUCGCUCAGGAACACCUGCAGGCCUUGGAGUUUUUUAUCGGCUUGUCAUGGUGCAAUGUUGUUUACUACAGUCCCUCUGAAGUAAAAGAAGUGGCAACGGGAUUUCGAUUAGCCAAUGGGAUUAAUGUUUCCCCUGAUGGAAGCCAGACAAACCUGGAAAAUUGCCAAGGUGACUAUCGGGAAGGAGAACUUUCAAUAGGACUUGACCCAAGCCUGUGGUUACCACAGCAACCAGGCCGCAUUGCCUUCCCACCAGACAGAACUAAUAGGAGGUUGCAUGUUCCCAUUCUCAAAUUCAGCAAGAAAACAAUUGACAUUGUGCCCACACAGUCUUUAAGUAUAUGAGCAAUCCUCAUUGUUGACUAUUGUGUUGUAUGAGGCUGCCUACUCUAACACUCACUAUGGGACAGGUUUGCUGCCAUAUUUGUCUUUCAGGGUUAAGAUCUGCAAAGCCUGCUUGGUCGCAUGUGGUCAAGAAAAUCACUUGCUAGACUAAUGAGAAGAGUGUUGAACAAAUAUGUGGUCUAAUGCAUUUUAGCAACCAAAUACAAGUUAUGCUGAGAUGAUAAAUAUUGUUAGAGACUACAAUGAGGCCCUGGAUGUUCCUUCCAGAUCCCAGGCUGUACUCUUCCACCAGCUCCUUAAAAUGUCAUCAUAGUGAGGGAGGGGGAGGUUUAAGGUACUCCUCAGUAUUAAACUUUGCACGCCUAUACAUCAUUCUCUCUCUCUCUCUCUCUCUCUCUCUUCCCUCUCACCCUGCAUCCUGACAGCUUUUUAUUUACUACAUUAUUAAUAUCAAAAAUUCUGUACAUAUUACAUUUAGCACAACCUCCUGUCCCUCCAAGUGUCUGAUUUUGCAAUUUCACUAUUCUCCUGUGAUGUGUUCUUAUCAGACUUGGAAGACUGGCAGAUGCUUGUGUUGAAGAUAGUUGAUUUUAAUUCUGAUCCUGACAGUGAGGAAAUAAUAGCCCCUUUCAUUGUGAUGUCCUUAUUGGGUUCAUCCCAAUCAAACAGUGGUGGAGUAUUGCUCUGCAAGGGGAUGAGGUUCCUUUGAUUGCUUCCCUAAACCUUUUCUCAACAAACAGUUUACUAUGGCUACUGAUCUGAUACUUCUUGGAUGUCCAUGAUUUUCCUAUUAAAGUUCCUUAUCCACAUCUUUUGCCCUUGGCAUGUGAAUGAAGACAUGUAGUCUUUGGUAGGGUAAUGUAUGGAGCUUUCUGUCUAUCGCUCAAUGAAUUUAGCAAUUCAGUGUAGAAAUCAGCACUUUUCCUCCAAAGUAGCUUGGAUCCAGUGCUUGUCUUUACCAAAUGAUUGUAGAUAUCUCUGUUGGCUUGUGACAUGUUUAAAUUCAGAACUGGUUACAAAUAUGCUGAAACACUCAUUAGCAAACUGUGGUUGUCUGAAAUGAUAUGCUGUGUUCCACAUCUGUUGUGGUAUAUAACUUCCUGUCAAAAUGUACAGCUCUGUGCCCACAUGUUCCCAUGGCCUAGUGGAGAAAGUAGUGGCACCAGUGCUCUUGUUACUCUAGCCGGUCUUUUGCUUGAGCUGACCAUGGCUUGCUGGUUACUAUGUUGUCAUUGAUUGAACAUAUGACUCAAUGUCACAGGUGAACACUACUAUCCCUCGCAAAGCUGUCGAGCCUCACUCUAGAAAGCAUACUGUAUUAUCACCUCUUGUAUUGCUUUCUCUAGAAUCAAAUGUUCUUUUGACUGUAAUAACUCUUGACUAAGAUAGCAAUUCCAACAAUUCUGUCUCUUAUGAACAAUGGCUUUAAAAUAUUGUUGUCUAAUUUUCCACUAAUAUAUAGAGAUUAUUAACAACAUUAUCUAUGACUCCCACAAAUGCUGAACUCUUCUGUUAGAUCUUGUUCUUUUAAGAAUUUUUUUUUUUACUCAUUCACGGGAUGAAGGCAUCUCCAGGAGGCCAGCAUUUUUUGCCUAUCCCUAAUUGCCCAGAGGGCAUUAAGAGUCACAUGUCGUCCAGGUAUGGUGAAUAUAGCAAAUUCCUUCCCUAAAGGACGUUAGUGAACCAGAUGGGUUUGUUCUAACAAUCGACAAUGGAUUCAUAGUCAUUAGACUCUUAAUUCCAGACUUUUCAUUGAAUUCAAAUUCUACCAUCUGCCAUGGCAGGAUUCAAAUCCAGGUCCCCAGAAAAGUCCCUGGGUCUCAGUCCAGAGAUAAUACCAUUGGGCUAUCACUGGCCCCUAAAGUAAUUUAAAGUUAUUGUCAAAACUUUUCAGUAAUUCAAAAAAUAUCUAUUGUUUCUUGCAUGCCUUAAUGACUCCCAGUUGUAUAGCUAAGUGUAUGAACAUGGUCAGGUUCUACAUUAGUCUCUAUUUUGUGAAAAGUAUGUAUGCUAAGGUUUCUUUUUUUCUCUAAGAUGCCUAACACUGUUUUAUUUGGUUAUGUUUAAAAUUAAAUGUUGCUGACAAUAUUA